CGUUAUAUCUUACUCAAGGGAAACGUUCAUCCAAAAUGGCUGACGCUAUCACCAUUCGCACCCGCAAGUUCCUCAACAACCCUCUCCUUCAGCGCAAGCAAACCGUCGUUGACGUCCUCCACCCCGGACGUGCUGGUAUCAGCCACAAGGAACUCCGCGAUAAGCUCGCCAAGCUCUACAAGUCCGAUGUCGAAAACGUCUUCGUCUUCGGUUUCCGCACCCAGUUCGGUGGUGGCAAGACCACUGGCUUCGCCCUGAUCUACGACUCCCUCGAUGCUGCCAAGAAGUUCGAGCCCAAGUACCGACUUGUCCGCCACGGUCUUGCCGAGAACAAGAAGGCUUCUCGCAAGCAGCGCAAGGAGAAGCGCAACCGUAUGAAGAAGGUCCGCGGUACCAAGAAGGUCAAGGCUGGCGCUGCUGCCAAGAAAUAAGCACCCUACCAUACGGUCAUGUAGAUUCUCUGGAAGCCUGCCCCUCGCGCUUUCCAAUCGGAUGCUGGUGGAGAUCCGGCUCAUGUUUCCACCAAAAGAUAAUAACACGAAUUUAUCUUGUGUA